AUGCCUUGCUUUGUUCUCGCUAUUCUCUUGUAUGAGUCGGUUUGCGACGUGUUGGUCGACUCUGCAACUCCAGCGAGAACUGCCUCGAUUAUUCUACUUGUCUAUGUGUCGGUGUUGAAUAAGUCGAUCCUUGUGCUGGCCGGUAAGGUAUCGUCAAGACGUCAACGUUCGUCGUUGAAUGUGGAGGCCGCUAUAGAAACUACCUUCAACAUAUGUCGGCCUACUAUUGUCAAGGGCCUUGUGGGCGGUCUAGAUCUCGGCAUCAAAUGUGGUGCCUACUCUGUGGGUUUUGCGAGUGCUUAUACACAGGUAUUGACGUACCACAGUGAUAGUGUCAGCACUGGGGUUGACUGGUUGGGCAUCCUUGUACUGAGGAUCAACCCUCACGUAGCUACCCAACGUACCGUCAAGCUGUACGUUCAACUUGCAACUCCAACAAUUGUCGAUUCUGUUCAUCUACAUGCAAGUAAUUCAAUGCUCGGAACCCUUUGUACUGCGGUUUAUGAAGUCAUCAUCAACAGCUUUACGUUUGAAUGCACAGAUCGCCAAGACAUGCCGACCCAAAGCAAGCGAGACACUUGGACGUUGAAUGGCCGUCGUUCGUCCGACCAUGGACCGAGCUCCAUGCGAUGUGAUAGGUUUUCUUCAUCCGAUCUCACGUAUGGCGUCAUCUGAAAAUGUGAAACACUGCGCCAUUCAGACUAAAGACGUGGUGGAAUCGGUUUGGCGGCUCUUUUCGACAGAUCAUAGGACGGAGCAUGCAGACACACAUCGUCUUUGGCAUUCCGAACCCCAUCGACAAAAUCCAAACGGUCUAGCGGCUGAGAUCGCCUUAGAUGAGGCUGAAUGACCUGUAAGUUUUGCAUUCUCCACCGUUCGCUUCUUCGACAACAUCGAUGCCGCAGUCGGACGGCCUCCGGUAUUAUUCACGAUGCGAUGCCGUCCACUGGUCUGUUCGGCACGGCGCUCACAGGCAUCAAAUGAAGCACACGUGUAAAGUCAAGGGUCCACAGAAAAACAAUAAACAAGUGGAAGCUUCGACUUGGUUCAUGCAGUCAGUCUACCCCGCGACUGCCGAGAGCCGCUAAACCUCCUCAUGUCUGUUAGCCCGCAACUUGUUUUCUCCCGUUCAACCAGGGCUUUCAGAAGGUACCUGCUAACAGG